AGGGAGUAAUUAUUACUGAAAAGAAAAUGAUAAAGGCGUGGUGCAGUUCGGUGAAUACCUUGCGAAUUACCCGUUAACUCCCGGCUGCCACACACGUAGAGGAAACUAUGGAAGAGCUGCAGAAGCUCCAGAAGCUGCAUAGCAUGAUUGAAACAAUGCAAUCUUUCGGAAUAAUCGGCUCUCCCGAAAAACACGAUUCCAACUCUCUUCGCUUUCUCGCCAACUUCGCCCUCCUCUUGGUCGAAGAAGGAUGCGAGCUUGAUAUUGAUACGAAAUGCCUACUCAUUCUUCAACACCUUCCAAGGUUCUCUCCCGAGUUCUUUGAGGAAGCAUCAAAGUGCAUCUCUGGGGAAGGUUCUCUUCCGAAGCCAAUGGCUCAAGACAUCCAAAAUUCUGCGUCCAUUUGCUCUAAUGAUGAGAAGGUGGGCCCCGAUCAGAAACAAUGGGAUUUCAGAGAUGUUGCUCUAAUCAGUAUGGAUGACAUUCUACAUGCUAACUCUACAUUAGAAGACUUUUGUAGGUCAUACUUUAUGUUUCACGGAAUUGAUGCACACCAGCCUCAAUCGAUAUUCAAAUACCUACCAAUUCUAUCAUUCACUGAAAGUUUUAUCUAUCAGUUGGAUAAAUUAAAUGAAAAGUUUCUGCGGCCAUCAUGGAGGCAGAAUACCAUUUUAUGCAACAAACCUUGUGGGGGAGGUGAUCAAAGCUUGCCUCUAAAACCUGUCAGCAUCACAUCUGAUGCAUUUGGGCCACUAGUUAACAUUCUUGAUCUUCAAGGGCUUUUGACAGAUAGGAUAAGUGAAGAAUUUAGGAACGGAAUUAAGUACUGGUCCCUUGAAAGGAAGCUAUGCAAUGCCCUUGCAAGCAAAUUGCAGGUAUCUGUUACCGAUGUCAUGCGGGCUAUUCAAUUGAAGUCAUUUGAUUAUCGAGUGCUGAGUCUUUUACUGUAUCAACUGCGUGGAGAAAAGGUGAAUGAGUUGCAUAUGGAGUUCUUGUCGAUUUCGGAGUUCCUUGUAGAGAUAUCUGAUGACCUUGGAUGAUGUCGUCCUAGGUUUGAUUAUGAGGUUAGUUGUUUUGCUUUUACAUCUUUUAGUAUAUUUGAUACAGAACUAUCUAACAUGGUACACAAGUUUUUUCCUUUGUAGGAUGAUGUCUUACAAAACAGUUUCAAUAUAUUGCGGAUGUUUGUCCAAAUUUAUGGAGCUACUGCUGCACCACCGAUCCUGGCAAAACACAUUACAGAAGCAGAAGCAAAGUAUAGCAGCCUUUUGGAAGCUUUAGGGCCUGAAUUAUCUGUAGGCUAUCAAAAAAGAUGUGAAGAAGCUACUAAAGAAGGCGGGAAGAAAGGCGGCCCCCCUCUAGGAACAUGGUGCAUACCUCAUGUCAUUGAAGAUGAGGAUCUGUAUAGGUCCACUGUUUCAAGUCCCAAGCCUUAACAGCAACACCAAGGUGUCACAGUUGAACGGCUUGCACCAAUAUUUGCAUCAUGAUCAACCACCAUGUUUAGCGUGAGAUAUGACAAAUCGAGAAUUAUUUCAUAUUUAGAUUUUUUCUUUGCACUUUAUGCUCAAAUAAAACAAUUUGACUGCUGGUAAAAAAGAUCCACAUUAUUAUAGAAUUGCAGAAAUUAAAGUUCACCGUUGUUCAUAAUAAAGUUUAAUUAAAAGUAGGGGUGAACCCGGUCCGCUAGAACUGAAGCCCGGAACCAAACUGAC